AUGCCUGCCUCAAACGAACCGUUCUACAUCCGAUACUACUCGGGGCACAUGGGUCGUUUCGGUCAUGAGUUUCUCGAGUUCGACUUCCGCGUCGUGGGAGAUGGCCGCAGCGCCGUCGCGAGAUACGCGAACAAUUCCAACUACCGCAAUGACAGUUUGAUCAGGAAAGAGAUGUGCGUCAGCUCUGUCAUAGUCGACGAGAUCAAGCGCAUCAUUACGUCGAGCGAGAUCAUCAAGGAAGACGAUUCAAAGUGGCCGCAGAAGAACAAGGAUGGGCGUCAGGAGUUGGAAAUCCGGCUGGGGAAUGACCAUAUAUCUUUCGAGACGGCCAAGAUAGGCUCGCUCGUGGACGUGACCGAAUCCGCCGACCCAGAGGGCCUCCGCGUGUUCUACUACCUCGUGCAAGACCUCAAGGCUCUGGUCUUCAGCCUGAUUGCGUUGCACUUCAAAAUCAAGCCUAUCUAG